UAUGCCCUCAAUUCAGACACAUCAAACGAAACCAUGGCGAAUUUAGGGACAAUUUUUACUAUAAUCAUUUACAUUAUUAUAUCCACUAAUACGUCUGUUUUAUUGUUUAAGUUAGCACCGAAUUAUGCUUUGACAUACGACGAUUAUGCCAAUUUAUGUGCUCCGACCAUUUCUUGCAACCCAGCUGUCAAAUAUCGAAGUAUUAAUGGAUCAUGCAACAAUUUAAAAACUCCAUGGUUUGGUGCUUCUAUAACUCCACAUUUACGAAUACUCGAUGCUUACUACGAUGAUGGAGAGUACCAAUUCCGUAGGCAAAUAAACGGCAAUCCGUUGCCUAACGCAAGAUACAUUCAAUUGAAAAUGUUUCUUGACAAACAGUUUCCGUACCCAAACGACCAUAACAUCCUUUUUAUGGAAUGGGGUCAAUUCAUUGCACACGAUACAACCCAUCUACCACCCGACGUUUCAGUCGGUUCCAAUUGUUGCGAUUUGCAAAAUCUCAAUCCGGUGCCUGCACAAUGUCAAGCCGUUAUUGAAGUACCGGAAAACGAUCCAAUUUAUUCAAAACUCGGACAGACGUGCAUCAAUUUUAACCGUGCUCGGACGUCUAUUUCUGACGGCUGUCAAUUAAAACCUGCGACAUUUAUGGUACAGUCGACGCAUUUCAUCGACGGAUCCCAAGUAUACGGUUCAGUAGAAGAACUCGCUGAAAACUUGCGGUCGUUCAAAGACGGUCGAUUAAAAUCGGAUUUUUCCGUAGAUCAACAAGAAUUUUGUCCGCAAAGGAAUCGAACGUCACUGCAAUGUGACACAUCGACACAUUCAUUAAUUUGUUAUUUUGCGGGUGACAGUCGAGUAAAUCAAAACCUAGGCAUAGCUCUUUUUCAAAACAUUUUUUUGAGGUUCCACAAUAUUGUCGCAUAUCAGUUAUAUCGUUUCAAUCCAUUUUGGUGUGACGAAGAAAUUUACCAAGAGACCCGUAGAAUUAUAAUCGCCGUCAUUCAGCACAUUACUUACUCUCAUUAUUUACCAAUCUUAUUGGGAGAACAAUUUAUGUAUUCACGCGGAUUCUUCGGACAAACAGUAUACGAUGAAACUGUAAAUCCGGGCACGACUUUAGAACAUUCGACUGGUGCAUUCCGAAUACUCCAUAAGCAAAUUCCUCCUAUCUUAAAUAUUAUAGAUGAAAACCACUUCAACUUUCAUCGCUUUUUGCUGACUGACUGGAUGAACAAGCCCGAUCUUCUGUCAUUACCAAAUAAUUUUGACGGAUUACUACGUGGAUUUCAAGAGACGCCUACUCGUGAAGAACAACCGUCUUAUAACACUUGGAUUUCAAACUUCUUAUUCCAAAAAACUACACCGAAAUUCAUCAGUAAUGAUUUGCUCUCAGCAGAUAUACAAAGAGGUCGCGAUACCGGAAUGCCACCUUAUAAUAAAAUGAGAUCGAUUUGUGGAAUCCCGGAAGCUACAGAGUUCGACGAUCUAAAUGAUUUAAUCGCUUACGAUGACAUCCAAAAAUUGAAAACCCUCUACUCUUGUGUGGAUGACAUCGAUUUUAUAGUGGGUGCACUAUUAGAAAUGCCCGCUGAAGGUUCAAAGGUCGGUCCCACUUCUCAAUGCAUAAUAGCUGAUAAUUUUUACCGGCAAAGGAUAGGUGACCGUUUCUUUUACGACAUACGAGGACAACCUGGAAGCUUUACAUCAGAACAAUUACAUACAUUGAAAAACAUGAAUUUCGGCAGUGUAUUAUGUGCAACGUCUAAUCUACGAUAUUUACCCGAAGAUAUAUUUAUGCCGUUUAACAGCAAAUUUAAUUCAAGACAAAUCGACUGUAACGCUUUUACACUAAAUCUAAACGCAUGGAAGGAUAUUUAUAUUAGUGAUUAGCUAGUUAUAAGUUAUCGUUUGUUUAUUUUAAUAAAUUUAUAACUAUGUGUUGUGUAGAUGUGUAGUACCUACUAAUACGGAUAAUAAUUAAUAACAUAUAUAUCUACGUGUUUUAUAGUCCUUUAUUUAUAACUCUCUAAAUCGCAAUUUACGUAUAUAAACAUACUGUCUACUCACUAAAGAUCGAUGGAUCGUCACCACCGAUCAUGUUAUAUUAUAAUACAUAAAAUUAUUAUUAAUAUAAACACGACGGGUGGCAUACUGCAUACAUAAAUGACGAAUAUGCUACAUUACAUAUAUCAUGUAUUAAAAAAUCGAUUUACUUUUUAAAAUUAUCAUUUGGUUAAACCUAUCAUUGGUGCAGGGUAAAAUUAUUCAAUAAUAAUAAUGUUUAUUCAAAUGAAUAAAAACGGGCAAUGAAAUGAAAUUGAUUUACGCGACAUGUUAUAUAAAAAUUCUGUGUAAUUUUAUACGAGUACAAUAGAUGCACACCCCUUAUUUUGUAUCAAUAAUAGAGUUAUUAAAAAUCUGAUUUUUACUGACAAUUAUUUAACAGGUUAUUAAUAACUGAAUAUUUUGAGGUAUUUAACUUUAUGUAUUAAAGAUCAAAUUUAUUACAAUAGAUUUAUGAUUACACGCGAGUUAAAAAAGUUAUUCUGUACCUAUAUUCCAUUAUAUUAUGAUACAGUCUCAGAAAAUUGGGAUUUCAUUAUAAUAUAGUAGAGAUUCACAACUGUAUGAAUAGAUACAUAUUUUUAAAUAAUAAUAAUCUUUAGCGCACAUAUUACCUACUAUACACAAUGUAUGUUGUUAUUUAGGCUUAUACUGUAGAAUUUAUUAUUCAUUCAUAACAAUAGAAACAAAGAUUAUUUUAUUUUUAGGUAUUGAAUGGUUAUAAAAAUUUAUAAUAUAUUAUAGAAAUUGUAUUUUUCUUUUUUAUAAAGUGCUUAUGAAGUAUAAACAAUUUUUAAAUAGAAUGUUCAAGUAUAAAAACUUAUACAUUUCAGUGAUAACAAUUUGGUAAUACAUGUAAGAUUUUAAGCUAUUAAGAAUAUUGAUUUCUAUGUUAAUUAGGAGGAAAAAAUACCUGAAGUGGCAUAAAUGGAUUACCCAUAAACCAGUGUACCAAUAUUUGAAUCUUUGUACUGUAUCUUUAUGUAAGUUUGUCGAUUUA